ACCUCAAGAUUUCUAUCUCGUGCUUCGGUGCAAGUCACCAAGCAGGCUACCCUACCGUUCUCUCGCACCUUCGCUUCGUCGUCAAUUGUCAUGCAGCGUGUCUCGGAGCUCAUCAAGCACGACCAUGAUGAACUGAGAACCUUCAAAGACAACAUUCUCAAGGCCACCACGGAUGACGAGAAAGUCCGCUGGCAGAACCAGUUCACCUGGGAGCUGGCUCGCCACAGUAUUGCUGAAGAGCUGGUUGUCUACCCUGCCAUGGAAAGAAACUGGUAUGUUCUUGACCCUUUGAUCGUUCAACGACAGUUCCUGACACAAUUUAUANGUCCUGGAGGCGAGACCUUGGCCAACAAAGACCGCGCUGAACACAGAAAGGCAAGGCCAAUCACAGNNGUCAAGGAGCUUCUUUACAAGUUCCAGGGACUGAAGCCCGAUGUCGAAGACUUCGAGCCAACCCUCAAGGCCCUCUGGAGCGAAUUGGACCAGCACAUCAAGGAGGAAGAAAGUGAAGAUCUACCCCAUCUCGAAAAGCACACACCUACGGACGAGUCUGCCAAUCUGGCUGCCAGCUUCAACCGCACCAAGAAAUUCGUUCCCUCUAGAAGCCACCCCUCUGCUCCCGACGACGGUGGACCCUUCGAGACCGUAGCUGGAUUAAUGGCUGCUCCGAUGGACAGGAUUGGAGAUAUGUUCCGCAAGUUCCCCAAGACUCGUUGA